AGGAGGAGGAGGAGGCGAUGGUGGUCGGGGGCGGUGGCUGCAAGGGGCAGGAGCUGACCUACGAGCUGCAGCAAGGCUACCGCAUCCUGGGCGAAUUCCUGCAGGAGAAGCACCGGGGCCUCACCGCCCCUUUUCUGCAGCCCUUAGGGGGCGUUGCCACCGGGGAGGAGGAGGUGGCCGAGGGGUCGCGCAGCGGGGGCCGGGGCAGUCGCGCCCUCCCACAGCAACCGGGGCAGGGCAUGUGUUUGCUGAAGAUGGAGGAGAAGUUCGCAAGCGGCCAGUACGGGGGCAUCACCGACUUCGUGGCGGACUUCAGGCUGAUGCUGGAGACGUGCUACCGCCUGCACGGCGUGGACCACUGGAUCUCCAAGCAGGGUCAGAAGCUGGAGAUGAUGCUGGAGCAGAAGUUGGCGCUUCUCUCUCGGCACUUGAGAGAAAAGACAACGAUAGCAGUUACAUCUAGAGGCUAUUAUGGAUUGGAGGAUGAGAAGGGAACUGCAUGUACUUCAACAAGGCGUCGGUCAACACCACGAAGUUUGGCAGGCUUGACAAGUGGAGUUUUUGAAUCUAUAAUGGUUCAAGUUUUGAGACAGGAAGAACAGCUGAGAGCAAAAGAAGAAAAAAGGAUUCGGGAGCAAGAAAGAAAAGAAGCAGAAGAAGCUAGUCAAAAAGAAAUAGAAGAAUGGGAAAGAAAACUGCUAGCUCAAGCAGCUCCAACUUGUAUGGAGACCAUGUGGGAAAUUCCAGCUAUCGGGCAUUUUCUUUGUUUAGCCCAGCAAAUUCUAAAUUUGCCAGAAAUAGUCUUUUAUGAAUUAGAGCGUUGUCUUCUGAUGCCUCAGUGUAAUGCUUUUCUAUCUAAAAUAAUGACUUCACUAUUAAGUCCUCCACAUCGCAGACCUACCUUACAUCGAAGACCUACUUUGCCUUAUAGGACCUGGGAAGCAGCACUGAGACAGAAAGUGCAGCAGUGGUACACUGCUGUAGGGCAAACUGAAAAUCCUGGUAACUGUGCUGAAAAACUUGGAUUGUGUCCUCAGUUUUUUAAAGUUCUUGGAGAAGUUAAUCCAUUGGAAGAAAAACCUUUUCAUGAACUACCUUUCUACCAAAAAGUGUGGUUACUUAAGGGGCUUUGUGAUUUUGUGUAUGAAACACAAAAAGAAGUUCAAGAUGCUGUACUUGGACAGCCUAUCCAUGAAUGCAGGGAAGUUAUCCUUGGUUAUGAUUAUUUAGAGAAUGCUUAUGUACAUUUUCCACAGUUCUGUGGUGCAGAUGUACGGAUUUAUAAACAGAGACCCUUUCAGGCCCCAGAAUUUCCAAUUCCACCCAUUAAAAUACAAAGAGUACCUCGGAUUAAACUGGAGAAAUUGAAGUGUGAGUAUCUUAGUACAAGUAAUGGAGAACAUAGAUGUAGUAGAGAAGGCCUGUCCUCUGCCUUCAAGAAAGAACAGGAAUUUAAUUUGGAUCCGGCUUGCUGUCCUGAUAAAAUGAAUUUGGAUAAUCAUGAGACCUCUAUUGAAAUGGAAUUAAAAUCCAGCUGUGAAAUAAGAACUCGCAGGCCCUGUGAAAUUAAAAAAACUGAUUGUUAUAAAGAAAAUUUAGAAAAACCAGAGAGUCCAGGUGAAGUUAAUGACUUUGGGGAGCCUCUCAGUCCAGGUGAAAUAAGGUUUAUAGAGAAUCAGGAAAAAUAUGGUGAAGCAUCCAGAAAAAAAACUGAACCCAGUCCAUUAAAAGAAAAUGCUCUAAAAUCUUGCCAAAUACAUGUUAAUGGAAGUCACGGUGAUCAUCUCGAAAUUAACUGCCACAAAGUUGUAAGGGAUAUUCUAUUAGAGCAGUCACUGCAGAGCCACAAGAAACUUAAACUAACUAAAAUGAGGGCAAAAAAGAAGAAAAAGAAAAAAAAGAAAUUGAAAGAUGUUUUAAAUGAAAAUUUACAGAGAAAGUGUGAAGGUCUUCAUUCUCUUGCAUUCAAGUCUUACAAACCUGAGAUCCAGAAUAAGUUAAUGAUUAUAAAAAAGAAAGCAAAGCACAAGAAGCACAAAUCUGGUAAGCUAACACAAAUAGGUGAAAAUUACAUUUAAGAAUAAUUCAAAUUAUUUUAAUUAUGAAUCAUGGAAACUCUGAUUGACAGAAUGAAAUACACACAUAUGAAUAUAUGUGUAUUUAAGGGCCAAGGUGUAUUUCUCAUGAUUAAAAACCAAAGCAGAAAAGAUUGUAUAUACUAACAAAAAAUUGGUACAGUAUAUUUUAAUUUAAUUCUCAGGUGAAUGAAGAUGUUUGAAUGUUUUUAGAUUUCUGUGGACCAAUUUUCCACUCACUUAUAGAAAGCGGGGUUUUUAAAUGUUUUUGUUUGUUUUUCUCCAGGCUAAGAGCAGUAAAGUAUAUAUUGGAAAAAGUACUAUUAUCAGGAGAUACCAUUCCCAAGACUAAAGUUUAUAGCAACUAGCUUCUUAAGCCAAGGCUAUCUUUGUGGGUCUUGUUCUUUUUUCGGCACUCUGCUUCCA